GCAAAACAUAACUCUGCAGGGCCGUGUAUAUAGGUUAUCUCGAUGGCGGCCUCAGGCCCGGUGUCACGGUCCAUUCAGUCUAAACUGGCCCAGCUGAAGCCAUGUCACUUGGAGAUAAUUAACGAGUCAUUCAUGCAUAACGUGCCAAAAGGGUCUGAAACACACUUCAAAGUGGUAGUUGUCAGUGAAGAAUUCCAGCAGAAGCCUCUGAUACAGCGCCACCGUAUGGUCAACAGUCUUCUGAGCGAGGAGCUGGCCUCGGGAGUACACGCCCUCUCCAUAGUGGCGAAGACCCCUGACCAGUGGUCUUCAACACAGAAGGUAGAGCCGAGCCCCAACUGUAUGGGAGGCUUUGGAAAGUAGAGAGACUGAAACGAACUGGAUAGUAGUGGCGGCGAUAAGCGCCGUGUUUAGUGCUGAUUGAGGAGAAAAUAGUGACGGAAAGAAGUGAAAAAUAGUGCUGAAACGAGAAUAUAGUGCUGACAGUGACGGAAAGAAGUGUCGUGGAGAUCGUGUUGAUUGAGGGUAGUAAUCAAAGUGAAAGAAUGAGUUGCAAUUGACUGAUAAAUGCCGUAGGACGUCUCCGAAAUAGUUACGAAGACCGGAAGGGAGUGGUGUUGUGUCGGAUCACAUCAAAAUUGUGUUGAAACAAUCGAGCACAGUGCGUGGUUUCCGUGAUUAACCGUAGCGCGAUAACAGAUUGAUGAUCGCUGUUGGACCAACCUCGCACCCCUGAAUGGACUGGCUGAGCCUCCGUCUAUCGAACAUGAGACUAGAGGAAAGAGUCAAACGGGAGAAAAAUAACACCCGACGACUCGGUAAGCUAGUCACUAGUGACGUCAUGGAGACUGAUGGUGACGUCAUAGAUGGCGAAGGUGACGUCAUGAGUGCCAGUGGUGACGUCAUUAGGCAGAAUGUCGAUGCUUCUAGCGGCGAAGAGGCGAGAUGUUGUGCGGGUGAUGCUUUAGAAGUAUCUGAAAAAGAAGGCUCCGAUGGCAUUGAAAUUCCUGUAAAUUCUGACAAAAAUGAAGUCAUGGAUGUAAUUGACAACUCCAGCAAUGGAGGUGACGUCAUAUCAUCGAUUGCCACUGCUGACUCUAAGCCGGAUGACGUCACAGAAGCCGUCGCCGAUGACGUCUCCACGCUAGAAAACGCGUCAGUCAUGUCCGUCCGUGCCUCACCCGUGCCCGCUGACGUCACGAUAGCACCAGAUGACGUCACACUGGGUCUGGAUGACGUCACUGAUACGGUAGUUGCCAAUAGUGACGUCACACUCAGCGAUGUGACGUCAUCGGAUGACGAUGAAACACCAGAACAGUUGAGAGAAAGAUGUAGAAGACAGAAGAGACAACUGAGAGGUCUCAAACGGAGACUAGAGCAGCUGCAGAGGGAGAAUGCCGCUCUGCGCAUGCGCCGUGACCCAGAGGAGGUCGUGGCGGAGGGGGUGAAGGAAGACACGGCACUUGACCCGGCGGCCAUAGUGGAAGAUAUCAAACAGGCCGCAGCAGAGACAGCCGCGCAGCUGGCGCCAUCUGGACUAGUGUUCGAGCCGGAGACGGGCCUGUACUACGAUCACGACUCGGGAUACUACUGGGACGCUAGUGCCCAGAUGUACUACGAUGGGACCAAUGGAUACUAUUUGAGGUAUGACGAAGUCAGCGCCUCGUACGUAUACGUCGAACCCGCUGCCAACGCCUCAGCCACUCCAGUCGACCCCUCAAAGCAGCCCUCCUCCCCUAAAGACCCUUCUGAAGAGCCUUCUGCGGCACCCCGGAGGAAACGUUCCUCCGGGGAAGAGUUGGAAGAGGGAGAGAUUGAAGAGGAAGAGGAGGAGGGAGAGAGAGUGGAGUAUCACUGGACGGGGGAGGAAUAUUGGACAGAGCGGAGGGAGAGGUGGAGAGAGCGUGAGAGGAGGGAAGAGGUGACGAAGGUGGAGCAGAGAACUCAAUACCAGGCACGCGAGACCUCCACACCGGCAGUGAUAGAGAGUGGUCCCCGGUCACCGAUACCAACUGUGACCGAGCCGCCCUGGCUGAGGAUGAUUGUCACAGAGACCAAGCUGGCUGAUCUCCGCGUGGGCUCUCUGCAUAUCGCCACCAUAGACGGCCUGACGGUCGGACGGGACACCUCACAACAGCUCUGUCUGAAUGACACAAACCUCAGCAAAUUUCACGCGGUAAUUGGCUACCGCGCCGAGUCAGCUGACACGGUGGGCGGGGCUAGCGGUGGGUACUACAUCCGGGACCUGGGCAGCAGAAACGGCACCUUUGUCGAUGAUAAACGGAUCUCGGUGGCCAAACAGGAGUCUGAGGACACCGCUCUACCACACGGCUGUGUUCUCCGUCUGGGCGGCACGUGUCUCAUGUGCCACGUGCACGUGGCAAACGACACGUGUCUUGAAUGUGAGCCUGGCCAAACACAACAAAAACUACCUUCAACACUUAUCCCGCCGGCUGCGGCGGUGGGCGACGCGCGACUACAGCGCCGCCAGGUGGCCAAGCGCAUCAAACAGAAGUACGGUCUGCGCGCGGGAGAUGGCGCUGUGGUCGAACUAGCGCCUGGGUACUCCGACCGCGCAGCUGAGCGGCGUCAAACCAAAGGUUCAGCGCAUCAUUCUGAGAAAACACAGACCGCGGAUAUACGCCAGAAACUACCGGAGAAAAACAAAGGCUUUCAGCUUCUGCAGAAAAUGGGAUGGAAAGAGGGAUCAGGGUUGGGGAGAGAGGGGCAGGGGAGGGUAGAGCCGGUGCUGGCAGAGGAAAGAGCCGAGAGGCGGGGACUGGGCUGUGAGGAAGUUGUGGCUCCGGUGGUUGGCAAAAAACAGCAGCGGAAAACGGAAGUGUGGCAGAAAACGCAGGAGCGAUUCAGUAAGCUCGUGUGAUUUCAAGGGACGUCCUGUGAUUUGAGGAGUUGGGAUGGACAUAAGACGUUUCAUGCUUUAGUUUGGCAGUGAUUGACUAUCAUGUUAUCACUUGACACUUAUCGAUGAUUGCGAGCGAUUUCAUAGACCUUUGUGUUCAAAUAAAGGUCUAUGAUAAUUUGAAUGUCGAAUUGUUUGUUUCAUCGUUGCUGAGUGAAUGUAGAAGUGCUUUCUUGUCUUGUAAGUCUGGUAAUAAACGCGAUGAAUUUCG